AUGGCAACAGGUCUCAUUAGGGCAGAUGCGCAGCUGUCACUCGGAAAUGCUUGUCAUGCUAGAAGAGCUACAGGUCUAGGGCCAAGCGAAACCUUUCGUCCGGGACAAAAAAGAAAGCCAUCUGAGUCAUCAUUAUCGCCUAAGCCAAGCAAUACAAGACAGAAAAUCACGAGAGCCUGUGAUCACUGCAAGGAGAAGAAGACCCGAUGUACUGGAACACUUCCGUGUAUGAGAUGCACAAAGCUCUCGCUUCCUUGCGAAUACAAUGCCGCUUACUCCAGAGGCCUGCCUCCAGAGCCUCUACCGGCACCCCCAGCCGUAGCGGCUGACUACGCAAACCGAAAUCAUGGUCUUUCGCCGACAUACACUAAUCGGAGCUAUUCCUCUCAGCGGUCGACAAGGAGCUGUUCCCGGGCUGCCACUGGUUCGUAUCGGCAGCAUAAGAAUGACGCGGAGAUCUCAGGUCGUAACUCACCCGACCCCGUGGUCACUGAUUUCGAGGGCAAUUACCUUGGUCCUGCGUCGGGAGUCUCCUUCCUUAACCGUGUUUGGCGUCGUCUUCACCAGGAUGAAAUAGGGGCGGUUCCUGGUGACUUUCAGAAAGAGUCGUGCUCCAAAAGCACAUCCGUGUUCAUGUUUGGUGACAGACCCUACUCAGACGACCGGGAAGCUGGCUUUACUCUUCCCUCGAUUGAGCGGGCGCGAGAGUUGGUUGAAAUAUAUUUCGACUUCUCUAUGGUUACCUACCGCUUCCUGCAUAGAGGAACUGUAGAGGAUUGGCUGAAACAAGUGUAUGAGAGCAAUAUCUCUUCCCUGAAUCCACCCACUGGCCCAAUGGUAGCUCGAGCAGCGAUUGUCCUUAUAAUAUUUGCUGUAGGCUCACUGCAUGAAGAACUGAAACCAGAGCAUGAUAUCGACGUUUGGAAUGGAAGCGAGCAAUGGUACGCUGCUUCAAAAUAUCUAUUAUCCCUAGAGUCAGGACCUCCCCGGCUGGAGUCAGUACAAGCGAGGUUAGGCCAAUGCCUUUACCUGCUUUCAUCAUCCCGAGCCAACGAAUGCUGGUAUGCUUUUGGGACCGCGCUGCAGCUUGUGACGGCCUUAGGGCUCCACCGAAGAUGCCCUGCGAAGUUGUCGAAGAAUGGCAAUAGCUACUUGGAACGUGAAAUUCGUAAACGGAUCUUCUGGAGCACCUACACUCUAGAUAAAUAUCUUAGUGUCAUGUUCGGGAGGCCGAGGCUAAUCCACGAAGAAGAUCAUGACCAGGAACUCCCGGACGAGGUCAAUGACGAAGAUAUGUUACAGGACGACGCACGCCGAAGGACAGGAACUCCUGACUGUAUGAUGAUCGCAUCUGUUCUCCACUACCGACUCGGUCGCAUACUCGGUGAAGUUUCCCGGCAACUGUACACGAUCAAUCCUCGAUCUCGAGAGCCCCCUCUCGAAGUCGCUGUACGGCUCACUGCAGAGUUAGAGGAAUGGAAAAAGGCCGCACCACCUUUGUUCAACAGCGUUCGUGCGACAAGUCUCAUUCCACCUCUAUGUAGGCAAAGCCAAGUUUUGCAACUCGCGUAUUCACAUUCCAUAAUCCACGCCACCCGGCUAUUCCUCUUGAACGAUUUCAUGGACCUCAGUCGCAGGCCACCAGUCUCACAUUCCACGGUAACAAGCCAUGUACACAAAUGUAUAGGAGCGGCCGAAGACGUCAUGAGAAUAGUGGAUACCCUUGGCAAACAAGGCGUCUUGAUCCGGUCAUUCUGGUUCACUCACUACGUCUGCUUCUGUGCCAUCACGGUGGUGUAUAUAUAUACCAUCCAACAAUGCCAGCUGUCUUCGUAUCCCGAUGCCUCGCGGGAUAUGGAGGAUAAAAGCUACUUGUGUUCAUUAUUCAACCUCGCCGAGGCUUGUCAGCAACAUCUUGCCGAGGCUACCCGCAAGAACUGCCCAAGCCGUCGCUAUAGCAUCAUUUUGGGGGAGCUCAGAUUAGAGGCACGUAGACAGACCGGAUCAUAUCUAUUUCCAGAUGCUCUUGCGAGUGCGUCACAACAACCUGCUACUACAGCUAUCCAAGAUCAAGCCUCUAUGGUUCAAAGAAAUGCGAAUCAAGCAGAUAUACCACAAUCACUUCCGUCGCCUUCUCGCGCUACCAAUCAGUUAGAUACCGUUGCACCCCCAGACGCAGUAGCAGAAGCGUUUGAUUUUAGCGAGGACUUUGGGCUUCUGGAUAAUUUGGAAGGACUGAAUUGGUGGACGCAAUUAGACUCCUGGGCAUUUUCCAACCUUUCAGCAGAGCCCUCGAACCUGGGUCUAUGA